CUCCAGUCCCGGCUGGCAAAACAGAGGGCUCAGGACAGGACGCCCCAGAAUCAGGAGCCUCCCCUCAGGAGACAGGACUCUGUGCCCACAGCAGCUACCUCUUUCCUCCUGAAGUUUGUCACACCAGGCUGGCACAAUGCGUGUGGUGGUGAUCGGAGCUGGGGUCAUAGGACUGUCCACUGCUCUCUGCAUUCAUGAGCACUACCAACCAGUCCUGCAGUCGCUGGACAUAAAGGUCUAUGCAGACCGCUUCACCCCAUUCACCAACACCGACGUGGCUGCCGGCCUUUGUCAGCCCUAUGUCUCCGACCCCAAAAACCCACAGGAAAGGCAUUGGAACCAGCAGACCUUCGACUAUCUCCUGAGCCACAUCAAUUCUCCCAAUGCUGCAAACAUGGGCCUGGCCCUAAUCUCAGGCUACAACCUCUUCUGUGAAGCUGUUCCGGACCCUUUCUGGAAGAACACUUUCCUGGGAUUUCGGAAGCUGACCCCAAGAGAGCUGGACAUGUUCCCCGAUUACAGCUAUGGCUGGUUCAACACAAGCCUGAUUCUGGAGGGGAGGAGAUAUCUACAGUGGCUGACGGAAAGGUUAACUGAGAGGGGAGUGAAGUUCUUCCAGAGGAAGGUGGAGUCUUUUGAGGAGGUAGCAAGAGGAGACACCGAUGUGAUUAUCAACUGCACUGGUGUGCGGGCUGGGGAGCUGCAAUCAGACCCCCUGCUGCAGCCCGGCCGGGGGCAGAUCAUUAAGGUAGAUGCUCCUUGGAUGAAGCAUUUCAUUAUCACCCAUGAUCAACAUGGAGGCAUCUACAAGUCCCCGUACAUCAUUCCAGGGAUCCAGGGAGUGACUCUUGGAGGCAUCUUCCAGCUGGGGAACUGGAGUGAGGUGAACAAUAUUCAAGACCACAACACCAUCUGGGAAGGCUGCUGCAGACUGGAGCCCACGCUAAAGGAUGCCAAAAUUGUUGCUGAAUUGACUGGCUUCCGGCCAGUGCGCCCCCAGAUUCGGCUAGAAAGAGAACAGCUUCGCUUUGGAUCUUCAAACACAGAGGUCAUCCACAACUAUGGCCAUGGAGGCUACGGGCUCACCAUCCACUGGGGCUGCGCCCUAGAGGCGGCCAAGCUCUUUGGGGGAAUCCUGGAAGAAAGGAAGCUACUCAGGAUGCCACCAUCCCACCUCUGAAGACGCCAGUGAGCACCGCCUCCCCCACAAGGACUCCCCACUUUCCUUGGCCCACUAAUCAACGUGCUCCUCUCUAAGCUGUCACU